UUGCAGUACUAUCGACCGUGGAAGCUUACCAAAGAACAAGAAGACGAGAUUGACGACCAGGUGCAAGACGCCAAGGACACCAUCGCGAGAGAACUUGAAUCGUUCAAAUAUCGGAAAGAAGAACACGAGAGACGCCACGGUCGCGCGAGACCGCCGACGAUGGCCCAGGAGGAGCCUGUGCCCAUGGUCAUAGAAGAACAACUAGCAGAAGCACCGUCAGAGGCUCCUGCUGAUGCUCCCGCAGCUGCUGACCACACCGUUGCGUCUCCCGACAGAGACAAACAUGAGCGGGAGGCACACGACGAACCUGGUGAUGUCGUGGAAAAUGACGAGGAUAUGGUUAUUUACUAAUGCCUGACAAAAACGCGUGGUGUUUUUUCCUCUUUUGUUUCCCGGCGUUUUAUUGCAGAAGACGCCAUUACUGCCGUACUUUAUGUGAUCAUCAUAAUAUUCGGCGAUAUGGGAGGUCUGCUAUUUUGUCUGGCUUUGAGCGCGAGUUGGAAGGCGGAGUUGGGGGGUUUAUGAUACCAAUCGGAAUUCAAAGCGGCAUUAACUUGGGAAAGGUGACCAUGGUGAUAUUGAAAAAAAGGAGAAGCUUGGUUCCAGAAACGGGAUUCAGACCAACUUUGUUCGCCGACUCGUUGGGCUUACUACGUCGAGCCAUAUUCUCUGACUCAAGCAUAAGACCAGUGACGUUCUCCUGCUUUAGCCCGGUGGGACCUCGUAGUCCAGAACAGCUGUUCCUUGCCGUUGAAGAAUUGUUAGCCCCUCGUCUAGAGUCUAGACUGGGUGACUGGCAGUUUACGCUUUUCGGGUGAGGAGAAUGCGAUCUCCGACUCUGAACCAAUUGUUGGAGAACAUAACAUUGAUCAACCUCCGUUUCGAGUACCGUCCGACAAUGGCGAGUCCCCU